AUGGGCAAUUCCUCAUCAUCAAAGUCGUCAAUAUCAACCUCUCUAUUUAAUGAAGCGGAUGAAGAGGAAUACGAGGAAGAACAUGAGGAAGUAAAAGAAAGACCAAGAAGAUGGUUGUUGGAUUCUAGUUUUGAAGAAGAUAAUGCCAUCACAGAAAGUGAAAUUAAAUCGGGUGGAGGAGAGGAAACUUUCCAUGCUUUGUUACAGAACGAGGAAAUAAUAUCACGAAUCUUGAUGAUGUAUUGUAUAGAUUUGUUGGAUAAUCUACUGACCUUGAGAUUAGUGAAUCGAUCUUUUAUGAAAAUUGUUGAUCAAUUUAAUUUUAUUUCAUUUCAUGUAUUUGAAAAUGCGUCAAUCGAAUAUGUUGUUGAUGAUGAAGAUGUAAAACAACAACAAUUAACAUGUAAGCGAAUGAGACUUGUUAGGAAAAUUCUUGAAAAUAUAACUAGCAAUAAGAGGCAAGAUCUACCAUGCUUUUUAUCAAACAUCAGUAAUAAGAGAGAUUUAUUAUUUACAUUUAAUUUAAAGGAACGAGAGAAUAUUACAAAAAUUUCAAAUCCUUUUUUACAAAUUUCAAAAUACUUGAGUACUGGAAAGAUGGAUCAAUAUUUUCUAAUUCCUUCUAUUGAAAUUUAUUUGGAAAUUAAUCAAUCAUCUGUUCCUGUUCACUUUAACAUGCUUUUAAUAUCAGAGGAAACAUCAAGUUUUGAAGAAUAUUUAUUUAGAUAUUCCAUUUCAAUAUCAGAGGAAGAUGAAUGGGAGACUAAGGUUUUUCCAAUGCAUAAGAGACAAUUCUUUUCGAGUCCAAAGAAUAAUGCUCAUCAAGUUCAACCAAUAAUUAAUCGAUCCAAUAAUAGUAUUAAUAAUACGCAGAAAAUCAAAAACAGAGGAAAAUACAAGAUUGUAUUUUCAUUUUCCAAUAAUUUUCAAUUACACAUUUCAACAAUAGAUAUUCAACAUAAUUACUCCAAAAGCAUAGAUAUAGUUCCUCUAUUAUCGGAGGAUUAUCAGAACAAACAAUUGGCAACAAUUCAAAAUUUGAUUAGAGAUGUGAAAAUUUCAUGUUCCUCAUCUGAUUUGAACAUUUGCAAGAGGGUUUCUUUCAAAACAAGUUUUGGCAUUUCCUGA